AGGAAGAUGGUGACUAUGAAUAUCUGCCCUCUCCCGCUGGUGCUGCUCUUCCUGGCGACCACACUGGGAGAAGAAGAAGUUCAAUUCAGAUCCCAAGCUAAAUCGGGUAGCCUCCGGCCUCGAGGCCCGAGGUAUGCAGAGGGGACUUUAAUCAGCGAUUACAGCAUCCUCAUGGACAAGAUCCGCCAACACGAGUUUGUGAACUGGCUGCUGGCCCAGAAGGGGAAGAAGAUCGACUGGAAACACAACAUCACCAAGAGAGAGGCCCAGGCCUUGGAGCAGGCAGGACAAUCUGAGAGAAAUGAGGAGACAGAGGGACAACAGAGAUCCCAAGCUAAAUCUGGUAGCCUCCGGCCUCGAGGCCCGAGGUAUGCAGAGGGGACUUUAAUCAGCGAUUACAGCAUCCUCAUGGACAAGAUCCGCCAACUUGAGUUUGUGAACUGGCUGCUGGCCCAGAAGGGGAAGAAGAUCGACUGGAAACACAACAUCACCAAGAGAGAGGCCCAGGCCUUGGAGCAGGCAGGACAAUCUGAGAGAAAUGAGGAGACAGAGGGACAACAGAGGUCUGAGUGACUGACCUAGCCCAGAGGAGGACUGGACUCUGCCCUUUGCUUGCUCAGCUCCUGCUUCUGCCCUGGUCCAAAGUCCAAAGUGUCUGAGAG